UCUCCUCUCAUUCCCCCCCCCCGCGUUGUUGGUAUUGGUUUGCAGUGCUUCGUUCCUGCGCCUCCUUCCUUUUUGAAUCUGGCCCGCUCCCCCGUAUUAUGUCUGCGCUCCGCAGGAAAUUUGGGGACGAUUACCAGGUAGUGACCACCUCGUCCAGCAGCGCGGGCUUGCAGGGCCAGGGGCCCCAGCAGCAGCAACAGCAGCAGCAGCAGCUGGUCCCCAGGAAGAAGCGGCAGCGGUUCGUGGACAAGAACGGGAGGUGCAAUGUGCAGCACGGCAACCUGGGCAGUGAGACUAGCCGCUACCUCUCCGACCUCUUUACCACCCUGGUGGACCUUAAGUGGCGCUGGAACUUGUUCAUCUUCAUCCUCACCUACACCGUGGCGUGGCUCUUCAUGGCGUCCAUGUGGUGGGUGAUCGCCUACACCCGGGGAGACCUGAACAAAGCCCACGUCGGCAACUACACGCCCUGCGUGGCCAAUGUCUACAACUUCCCCUCUGCUUUCCUCUUCUUCAUCGAGACCGAAGCCACCAUCGGCUAUGGCUAUCGCUACAUCACCGACAAGUGCCCUGAGGGGAUCAUCCUCUUCCUCUUCCAAUCGAUCUUGGGCUCCAUCGUGGAUGCUUUCCUGAUCGGCUGCAUGUUCAUUAAGAUGUCCCAGCCCAAGAAGCGGGCGGAGACCCUUAUGUUCAGCGAGCACUCGGUGAUCUCCAUGAGGGACGGGAAGCUGACACUCAUGUUCAGAGUGGGCAACCUGCGAAACAGCCACAUGGUCUCCGCUCAAAUCCGCUGCAAGCUGCUCAAAUCUCGACAGACACCUGAGGGUGAGUUCCUACCCCUUGACCAACUUGAACUGGAUGUAGGUUUUAGUACAGGGGCAGAUCAACUUUUUCUUGUUUCCCCCCUCACAAUUUGCCACGUGAUCGAUGCCAAAAGCCCCUUCUAUGACCUAUCCCAGCGAAGCAUGCAAGCUGAACAGUUCGAGAUUGUCGUCAUCCUAGAAGGCAUUGUGGAAACAACUGGGAUGACCUGUCAAGCUCGGACUUCAUACACUGAAGAUGAAGUUCUUUGGGGUCACCGCUUUUUCCCUGUUAUUUCCUUAGAAGAAGGAUUCUUUAAAGUUGAUUACUCCCAGUUCCAUGCAACCUUUGAAGUCCCUACUCCACCUUACAGUGUGAAAGAACAGGAGGAAAUGCUUCUCAUGUCCUCCCCUUUAAUAGCACCAGCCAUUACUAACACUAAAGAAAGGAAUAAUUCUGUUGAAUGUCUAGAUGGAAUAGAUGACAUUAGUACCAAACUCCCAUCGAAGUUACAGAAAAUUACAGGAAGAGAAGACUUUCCCAAAAAACUCCUAAGAAUGAGUUCUACAACUUCAGAAAAGGCCUACAGUUUGGGAGACUUACCCAUGAAACUUCAACGAAUAAGUUCAGUUCCUGGCAAUUCAGAAGAAAAACUGGUAUCUAAAACCACAAAGAUGUUGUCUGAUCCCAUGAGCCAAUCAGUGGCUGAUUUGCCACCAAAGCUUCAAAAGAUGUCAGGAGGUGCAGCCAGAAUGGAAGGGAACCUUCCAGCCAAAUUGAGAAAAAUGAACUCUGAUAGGGUUCACAUAACAAGACCAGACUUUUAGGCAUUAUUUUAAAGUUGAAUUUAGUAGUAGUCCACAUUUUGUCUGACAAAGUAAGCCUCUCCAUAGGACAGAUUGUGAAAAAGGUGACAUUUCCCUGUGUAUUCCAUGCACCCAUGGCAACAUUGCUUUUCUUAAGUAAUGCUGGCUAUGCAGAAAAUGGAAAUGGUAAUGGGGGAAAGUCAAAAGCAACCUGCUAUUAUUAACUGGCAUGUAGUAUCACACCAAGCAUGCAAUAAUGUGCAAAUUUCACAUUUAGUUUUAUGGCAUGAUUCUUACUAUAUUUAUAUUGUAUAUUCUGAAAAAUAUUUAAGGAGGUAUUGUCCUCUCUUAUAUUUCUAAAGUGUAUAGUAGACAAAAAUGGGUGGAUAGAUUUCAGGGCAUACUACAACUUUAAGUUAACAUAUAUACAUAUAUGUAUGUGUACCCAUGCACAUAUAUACAUGUACAUAUAUUUCCGAUAGAGAUUGUAUUGUUUUGUUUAAUAUAAUAGUCCUGCUGCAUGUUUAGUUUCUUAGAAUGCUAAGGUUAUUGGCAUUACAAAAUUAUUAACCAGUUCCUUGAGCCUUAAAUUAUUUGUCAUUUUAAAAUUUGAUUUAAUGUUUGUUUCAGUUAUCUGUGAUUUAAGAUCAUGGGAGGCUUUCACUUAUGCUUUAGAAGAGGCAUUCACAAUGUUUCUAUUUUAGGGCUGUGCAAAUGAUAACCCUUAAAGAAUUAACUUUUUAAAUACAAGAUACAAAUAUGCAGUGAUAUCACUAUAUAAAGUGUCUUUAUGUUUUUUUUUUUUACAAAUGAUGUGAAAAUGCUAAAAAUGAGGAAAUGUUGAGAUUGGCAGAAUCUGAUCCCUUACCUGAAAAUGUUAAGUUUGUUUCUUAAAAUCUUGAGAAGUUUUAAAUAAUUAUGUGGGUUUUUUUUUUUAAUAUCAAAAGACUUGCAUUCCCAAACACCUUCAUACAGGACACAGCCCAUGAACAAAUGCUGAAUCAUUACGGUAAUAAUUAGGAGUCAAGUUAUUUGAAUAUGUCAGAAUCUGAUUAAAAGUUCAGUGAUGGAUACUUUUUAUUGCAGCCUGAAUCAAUUGGACCCAUAUAAACAUUGUUAUGUGAGAUUUUUCUCACUUUUAAACCAAGAAAUUGUCACUAAGCAAGAUGACCAUUUAAUGGUGAACUAUGAUAAAUAUUUAUCCAUAACAAAUGUAUAGGUGAAUUUUUAUUUCAAUUUUUAUUAUUUUUCUCUGCUAAAUAGUUUUAUUGUUUAAUAGCCCUUAUUUCUUUCUUCAGUUUAGCAGUUUCUUCUAUUCAUUUGAUCUCAUUGAUUUGGAGGGGAACUUACUGUACAGAAGAAAUACAUGGUAUUUUGGGAAAAAAUGAAAAUCUAAUGUAAUAAGAGUACCUUCAGAACAGAGUAUUAGUUAAUUUUUGGCUCCAUUAGGAUCCCUGCUCUAAAUUAGUCUAAUCCAGCAUGCAUUUCCUAGCAUAUGCAAAGCUCUGUGUUUGCUACUGUGAAUACAAAGAUAAAAUAAAGACAGUCUCUGCCUUUCAGGAGCUUACAUACCAUAGCAGAGAAUGUAAACAUUUAAACAAAUAAGUAUAUACAUGUUCAUUUAAGGAGGAGGAAGAGGCAAGUACUUACUAAUUGCUAUCAGUAUCAUGAAAUACUAGGAGUUGGCACAUGAACUGGAGCCUGACCAGUAGUAUUUUCCUAACCCCAAGUCUUAAACUUUUGAAUAGUUAGCAUGAGUUGCAGUUACCAGCCACUGGAAUAUUUGAGACAAGUGAUUUGGAAUGCAUGAGUGAGUCAGCACUUUGAGGAGGUAACCAUAGUAUAGCUUUACUUCCUCUUUAUGGCCCUUUUCAUAAAGGGCAGUCAGUGACUUCCCAAGGAUCAUAGAUUUAGAGCUGGGAGAGACCAUUGAAGACAACAUUAGAUCCAGCCCCCUCAUUUUACAAAAGAUAAGGAAACUAAAGGUGAGAGUGGCUAGGUAACUUGCCAUGGGUCCCACAUUGCAUUCAACCUAAGGUCAUCCUGACUUCUGGACCUGCUCUCUAUAAUUUUACUGCAUAUUAUUGCUUGGUAAUUCUAUGGGACUGGUUCAUGUUUCCUCCUGUAAGGGGCUAAAAUUCUAGCUAUGAUGUCUAAAAUCUAAUGAGUGGUUGACUUAAAUUAAAAAAUGUAUAGCACCAAUCCUUGAGUGUUAAGUACUUAUUAAAGUAUAUUAGGAGUAAGUAAAGAGAAACACAUGGAUCAAGUAUGAAAUUUGCUUGCUCUCCCUAUCCUGACUUUCUCUUGCUCCCCAGCCAAAAUCUCCCACUGAAAGGCCACUUGCUUCUUGGCUUCUCCCAGAAGCCUCCUGAGACACUGGAAACAGGGCCAGCCACACACACAGCUCCAAACUAAUUGGCUGAUAGCUCUGAUUGACAGGUCUCACAGGUGGUUCUAUAGAUUUAAUUCCUUGGUGCUGGGCAACUUCCAGACGUUGCUAAAGUCCAGAUGCUAAAGUCACAUGGUUUCUAAAUCACAUGCUUUCUCCUCAUGGCGGAGCUUCCCUGCAAUAUCUUCCCCAGCAGGGGGUAUCAUUCCAAUUCUCAUACUCCAGCACUAGAUUAGUUAUUUUGGAUAUAUUUAGAUGGGGAAAUUAUAUUUUGUUUUGUAGAAAAGCAGUAUAAUCACGCAAUGUUUCUCAAAAUAUGGCAGUCCUAGAGACCCUUUCAGGAUGGCCUGUGGGUCAAAACUAUUUUCAUAAUACUAAGACUUUAAUUUUAAUUCCUAAUAAGGCAAAUAUCUAUAACUAGAACCCACAUAAUCAAAAAUAUCUUUGGGAGAGGUUCCUCAAUCACUUUUAAGAAUAUAAAUGGGUCCUAAGACCAAAAAGUUUGAGAACUCCUGACUUCAUACAUAGAGGCCCAGCUGUGUGAUAAGUCACUUGGUUUCUCAAAACCCUGAGGAGGGGGGCAGCUAGGUGGCUCAGUGGAUAAAGCACCAGCCCUGGAUUCAGGAGGACCAGAGUUCAAAUCAGGCCUCAGACACUUGGCAUUUAUUAGCUGUGUGAUCCUGGUCAAGUCACUUAAUCCUCAUUGCCUUGCAAAAAAAAACAAAAAACCCUGAGAAAACUCUUUAAAGAUAACAUAUUAAAACAGUCUUGCUCAUCUUGUAUCACUAGAAGAAUUUCUAAGAUCUGAUAAAAUACAUUGCACACAUAUGUAGCUGAUUAGGGUGGUAGCUCAUAAAUUAAGACUGAAAAAGCAGGACAGGCAAAUUGCCCACUGAAUGAACCAUCAUUAGUUCUCUGUCUCCCAGUGGCACCUCCCUUUAAACAUAUAUCUGAUUAUCCAGAAUUUGAUUUAUUUAUAUAAGGAAAAAGAUACAACUGGACAUUAUGAAUCCUGCUUGGGUCAGGUGAAUUAAAAGUAGUCAACAAGCAUUUAUUAAGCACUUAAUAUGUGUCAGGAACAGUGGACCAUACAAAAAAGUGCAAAAAUUUAUCCCUUGGUUUCGGGAGUUCAAAUUUUAAUGGGAGAAAUAACAUGCAAAGAAAUCUCCAUACAAGAUAUGUACAGUGUAAAUGAAAGGUAAUAUCAGAGGAAAGGCAUACUUUAGUAAUACUCAAUAUUGACUGUCUAUUGUAUACAGAGCCCAUUUCAAUCCCUCCAUUUUAACUCAGUUGCUGCAGGAAAUGAAUAGAUUAUAUGUAUGUUGGGGGUAGGGGAAAUAUUUUCUUUGUUGGUGAAUGUUGCCUUAUAUGAACGACAGAUGUCAUUUCCAAAAAGGCACUCUCUGAAAUAUAUUUUUACAUUUGACUUAUUUCUAAGCUCUCUCUAUUUCAAAUGGAUUUGUCUGAGUGAAUCUUAUUUGUUCUGGUUGUCUUUUUUUUUUUUUUUUUGGUGAUAUAGAACUUUGCUUUCUAGGAUUGGGGGUGAGAGACGUCCAGGAUAGUCAUGUUAUUCUCAAUGAAUUCAUUACUAUGAAACAGAACUGUAUUCACAGCUAUACUGAGUAUAGUUAACAGAGAAAUGAUGCCCUUUUCUCUCACUUCACCAGUUAUCGGCUCUCUCUGACCUCUAGUCCAACAAAGUCAUCUUAUUUCCAAAUCGUUCAACCUGGAGGCCUCUUGUCAAAGUGAUUUCUUGAAACUUGUGUUUAGUCUGUGUACAGCACCCUUCCUUAGCACAGAGGCCUUAUGCGUUUCUAUGGACUGAAUAAAAUGUAAAUCUCUGAACACUGUCACUUGGCAGAUUUUGUAAGACUUAGGCCUUGGGAAAGUCUGUGAUAAAAGCAAACCUGCAUCAAGAAGAUCUUUGGCACAUUGAUGUUGUGGUUAGUAUUAUAAUAUACAGUGCAAAGAAACCCUCUGACACUACAAAAUGUUCAAUGAAUUGAAUAAUCCUAAUUAAGUUAGCUACUGCAAAGUACUCCCUUUUUGUAGAGUUCUCAUGUGGCAGAAUCCAUCAAGAGGAACCUGUUCCAAUCUGAUUCAUCCAAAUGCUGUAAAUAAAUAAAAGAAAUAAAAUACUUUUGAUAAUUUGUGUCUUCAACUUAAAAAAAAUUACGUGUGAAUUCAUAUCUUAGCCAUCUGGUAUGACAUGAAAAUACAUUCUUUGAUGAGUGUACUGAAAAUAAGAAACAGAACGUGAUUCUGUUUGAAUUUUAACUUAUGGCAGGUUGUUAGUUAACUAGUACAAUGUACUUCAUUGGCCCAGUACAUAAGCCACUCACUUCCUGGUAGUAAGAUAGGCACUUAGGCAAAUUGACUCUUUUAGAGCAAAUAAGGGCCACUUAUUGCAUGCUUGCUACUAAGGAAUAAUUUAGGAAGUGUCCAAAAGCUGGCUCAUGAUCUGUUUGUAAGACUACUACUGUCUCAUCUCUUACAGUUUUGCCUAGCCUGAGGGCUUAGCAUUACAAAGGCGGUUCAGUUUAACUGCACAGCAGGUCUGUGUUCUCUACUGUGGAAUCUAUGCUUGAAUUAUAUUGUAAAUUGUACAUAUUUAAAUUAGAAUUGAAAUAAUUGCAUUUUCUGGCAUGCAAUCUCUAAUUACACCAAUGUACAAGUUCAUUUGGGUUAUACAGAAUAUAAACUCUUGUACUCAAUACUGCAAGCUCAGUUUUAUCAAAGCUUUAUUAAACUUUCAAAAUAUUGUUGGGUUUAAUUUUUACAGUGUGCUUGUCAUUUUUGCCCUUUCUAACAGCUGAUUAUUCUAAGAUUCUCUGGGGUAAGUUUAAUUAUGGUAAGGCUUAAUCCCCCUGAGAUAUAGUGAUCUGAUCAAAGUUGUUCCCUGCAAGAAAAUGGGAGGGGGGCUUUUUCUCCUUGCCUUUGUUAUCUACAGUAUUAGAAAGUCAUGAAAUAUUAUGAUAGCCUAGUAGCCUAAUUGUAUUUUAUUCAAUAAUCCAAUAAAAUGACCAGUUAGAGAAAAAAGGUUAACAGGGCAUAGUUUGAUUAAACCUAAAGGAGAAAGAUAAGAGAUGAAUAACCUUAAGGAAAUGGAUUUAUAUACUGUUCCAUUUAUACCAAGGUUUCUUAACCUUUUUUUUUUCUGUUAUGCAUUGCUCUAGUGAAGUCUAUGCUUCCUU